CUCCAUGUACAAGGACCGACACUUCUCCUGUGAACCCUGCAGCUAUCAGGUGGCAGGAGGAUUUGAUCCUCAAGCUAAUCAGGUUGUCCUGUGCCAGAACAUCAUCAGUUCCCAGGGCAUGAUGAACAGGGUGCUGACACAUGAGCUCAUCCAUGCCUUCGACCACUGCCGUGGGAAAGUGGACUGGUACAACAACCUCCAACAUGUCGCCUGCUCCGAGAUCCGAGCAGCCAACUUGAGUGGGGACUGCAGUUUCUCUGGGGAGUUGAGGAGAUUGCAGCUCAAAGGUGUUAAAAAACACCAUCAGACCUGUGUGUGGCAGCGUGCGAAGGACUCGGUGAAGGUGGUGAGAAACUGUACAGAUGAGGAGGCAGCCAGAGCGGUGGACUCAGUCUGGGACACUUGCUUUAAUGACCUGGCUCCGUUCCACAAGAUCCCGAGGAACAAGAAAGAUGCUAUAAGGGCAGCCAGGUUUAGAUAUGACUAUGACAUAUAAUGUGAUUGGUGACAAAAUGUAGUUCUCAAUCUCAGGUAAUUUUUAUAGCAUUAGUCAAAUGUAUUUGACUGACCAAUCUAGCCAGACUAAAAUUGGACCCCUAGCGGCCGGCCCUACAAUUGCCGCCGCUCUCGGGGAGGGGGUCAUUAACCUCAGCCAGCGAGAGAUUUUGUAAACACAGGCUAUAACCAACCAUAUUCCUGGUAAACAGCUAAGUGAAUAUAUGCUUGAUGUAGAGUAAAACACAAUGAAUUAUGAUAUUUCUGAUUUUACAGAAAUGAUUAACUUGUUGUCUUCAUGAUUCUUUUUCAUGAUUCAAUGGAAAGAUCAUUGAUAAGGAAUAAAUGUUUUGGACUCAUUCAACACUUUAUUUCACACAAUUCUGAAAUAUACACCCAUUAAUGAAAGAUACGACAUAUUCUGCAUAGA